UCAGCUCCUCUUUAACCAGAGCUCUCCAUCUCACACGCUGAAACAGACGCACCAUUGGGUUCAAAGCUCUCCCUCACAGAUCUCUCAACAGUCAACACCUAACUAACACCACGACUUCCAUGGGUUCCAAGAAGAACAACAACCUCCUCCACGGUGACGGUUCCAGCCCUGGUAAAAUCUUCAUUGGAGGCUUAGCCAAGGACACCAGCUACGAAACCUUUGUGAGCUACUUUGAGAAGUAUGGGAAGAUAAUAGAUUCUGUGAUCAUGAAAGAUCGGCAAACGCAUCGACCCAGGGGAUUUGGGUUCAUUACCUAUGAGGAUCCUUCUGCUGUCGAACAGGUUAUCCAAGAGACCCAUAUCAUCAAUGGCAAGCAGGUUGAGAUAAAAAGAACCGUUCCUAAAGGUUCCGCACAAGCUAGCGAUUUCAAAACAAAGAAAAUUUUUGUUGGUGGGAUUCCAACUACGGUCACUGAAGACGAGUUCAAGAAUUUCUUCUCAAAGUAUGGAAACGUGGUGGAACAUGAGAUUAUACGUGAUCAUGUGACUAAACGCUCACGAGGCUUUGGAUUUAUUGUAUUUGACGGUGAAAAAGCUGUUGAUAAUAUGCUGGCAAAUGGCAGUAUGAUUGAUAUGGAAGGUAUACAGGUUGAGGUCAAGAAGGCUGAACCAAAGAAAGCCUCAAACCCAGCACCUGGUCCUGCAUUUGGUAGUCAAUCUAGGGCACGCUCAUACAAUGAUGAUUUUGGUGGAUUUGGCGACUCUUAUAGUGGUUUUGGCGGUGGUGGUUUUGGCCCCAGUUCUCGUAGGUCACUUGGCGGUUUUGAUGGUAGAUUUGGUGAUUAUGGCGGAUAUGGAGGUGGCAAUGAUUUUGGUGGUGGUUAUGGGAGUUUCGGUGGUGGUAGUUUUGCUGGUUAUCAAGGAGAGUCAUCAUUUGGCUAUUCCGGUCGCUAUGGUUCCUAUAUGGGAGGCCUUAGUGGGGGAUAUGGUGGGAGUGGGUUAGGUGCAUACGGACGUGGUGGGGGCUAUGGGAGUUAUGGUGGUUCAGGCUCCCCUGGUGCUAAUUACGGAGGACCAGGAGGCUUGUAUGGUAGUAGGGCAGGUUACAGUGGCAGUAGUCGUUACCAUCCUUAUGCACAGUAGAUUUUGCUUAAGCUUUCCAGUAGAAGUUGCUUGCUGGUUGCUUUAUCUUCAGUGUAUGCAUUUGCAUUUUGUGAUAUCAUAGACACAAGGCACUUACUGCAAGGCUAUCUAGAAGAUCAGAUGAACCAUUAGUUUAUCUGGGUUCAUGCAUUGGGUUAGACAACUGAAGCUAGAUUUGCAUAUCUAGAGCUUUCUGUCACUGAUCGGAAUGUGAUUUUAGUUAGUCAUCUAUCUUGUGCUUUAUAUCCUGAUGCCAAUUUGUUGAGUUAGACUUUCGUCUUGUUAUGAGAUAUUAAUUGGUUAGAAUCAAUUGGGAGUUGGGAAUGCAAUAUAGGUAAUGAGACUAGAUGCUCAUUUGGCAGACUGCUUCCUAUUCUUAUUAUACUAUUGUUAAGUUUGGCAUGCUAAUUACCAAGGCCUAAUUCCCCUGUACAGGUUAUAGUUACAAUGACUGGCUACUCACUUACCAAAAAAAGAUUGAAAAGAAAGAAAGAAAACGUAGCCAUAACUCAAUAAGAAUUAUGGAUAAAAAAGUAUCUGGAUUCUGUUUUUUCUUUUCUUUAUUCUUUUAGAAACACUCUUUUUUGAUCUUCAGGAAAUUGCACUUUACCUCCCCCCCCCCGCCCCCUGUUAACCCUCGUCAUUAGGAAAAUCACUGAAAAAGUAUGGCUUAUGUACGAUUGAUUUGAGAAUUUUAAUAACUAUAACACCCAAAAUGUUAGGGACAAUAAUCACAAAAAAGUCGACAAACAGCUGUGUUAGUGAUGAUGAAUAGUUACUGUUGAUCUUCACAUUGGUGGAUUGACAAAGAGAGGCGAGGUGAUACAGUUUCAAACCUUAGGGUUUCCUUGUACCUUGAAUAUUUAAAGGUGCUAGACUGAAAAUGACUUCAAGGGGGUUGUAAGUCAUUCAGCUUCCUGAAAAAUGGUACCCAUGUGCAUGGGCUCCUUAGUUGGAAAAUGUUUAGUUGAUUGUUGUUUUUGCCUAGUUGACGACUGUACACACAAGGGUUUUCUUUGUUUGUUGCCUUUGAUUCCAAUGCAUCACUUGGUUACAAGAAUCUUUUACCAUGUUAACUAUAACAGUGUGACCUUGCAAUUGGCUGGCUCCACUCAGUGCAGAUGGAUGCCCUCUUUUACCUUUAAUUGCCUUAAUUUAUGGGAUGAAUGCUGAUGUUUUCCAUGUAUGUUGUCUGACACAUUUGAAGAAACCAUUUCAAAUAUUGGAACGGGAUAAUUUGUUUAAUGUGCAUAAUUGGCACAUUUAUAUUUCUUGGAGAAGGCCUAGUGAAGGCAAGCAUGUGACUUUCUUUUUUUUUUUUAGUUCGAAUCCCCCCCUCUUGUACAGACAAGCAUGUGACUUUAAUUGGUUUUAAUUGUCUCCUGAAAGGAAGUUGAAUGAAUGAAAAGUUCUUUCCUUUUGUAA